GCCUUUUCGUCACUCUGACUUAAGAAGGCAAAGGAACAUAAACAAAGGAACACGUGAUGCAAGACGUCCCUGUCCCGGGCGGGCUUGCCAUGGGUGCCCUAGAGGUGGUGUGGGCGGUGUAGUGUGGGUGCAGAGGGAGGAGUGACCUAACACAGGCCGGUGCUGACUCCUGCUGUGUGUUUCAGACGGGGCCUGCUCAGCGCGGCGACUUCCACCUCCUUCGCGGCGCCAUCCCGCCCUCGCCCGCGCCGCAACCGCCCACUCGCCGUGUCGUGACCGUGCCGGCCUCCUUCAGGAAGUGCCCUCACUGUCCGACCAUCUUCAUGGACGUCGCCCAGCUGGCUGCUCAUCUUGCAGCGCAACACCGAGACCAGCAGCGGGAGCGCGACUGCCAGCGGUGCCGAAAGAGGUUCCUCACGUACGAAGAUAACACCGCCUGCGACCCGUGCCUCAUGAGCCUGCGGCAGAGCGCCCUGCCCAGCCGCAAGGGCAGCGGCGCCUCUGCAGGGUCGGCGGCGACAGAGUGCGUCUGCGGACACUGCCGGCAAGCGUUCUCCUCCAGAGUGCUGGCGGAGCUUCACUGCCUGUCCACCGGCCACGACCUCGGUCAGAUAGGAAGCGCCGCGGAGGUGAAGGUGAAGGAGGAGGACGCCUCUCGGGUCGCGGGAGGCGCCAGUGGGGCCGGGGAGGCGAAGGAGGCGGCUCGGGGCGCAGGGCCGCCGGCGUCCUCCGGAAGCGAGGCGAGGAAGUGGGCCGGGAAAGCCAAGGCGAGCCGGAAGCGCCGCCUCACCAGAAGGAACCAGACGUCGUGCGAGGUGUGCGCGAAGGAGUGCGGCUCCGUGUCCAGUCUGUAUUUGCACCUCCGCACGGCCCACCCCGCCAUGUUCCCCCACGAGUGCGGCGUUUGCGGCCGGAGGUUCAGCCUGGAGGCGAGCGCGCGCGACCACGAGCGCCGCCACGCCUUCGGAGAGCUCCAGUGCCCGGCAUGCCCGCUCCGCUUCACGCGCAUGUCGCACCUGCACCACCAUGCCCGCCAGCUGCACCCGGACUUCACAGAGUACCCUUGCCAGUACUGCGGCGCCGUCACGCCCACAGUCGACGCCCUGCACUCCCACAUCAAAGUGCACCACGGCGACCGGCUGGGCCUCCCGGCGGACUUCACUUGCGAGGUGUGCAAGGAGAGCUUCCACACGGGCAAGGCGCUGGCCACGCACCGCUCCAGCCGCCACCCGGGCACGGCUGAGUGCGGCUUCUGCGGCGCGCACGUGGGCAGCCGCUACCUCAAGAAGCACAUCAACGCCGUGCACACCAAGGAGAAGACGCACCGGUGCCACGAGUGCGGCCAGGACUUCUACUCGCGCACGAGCCUCACGGGCCACCAGAAGCGACACCACGCGCCCAGGAAGCACCUGUGCGAGCAGUGCGGCAAAGGUUACGUCAACAAUGUGGAGCUGCAGCGGCACCUGAAGGCGCACCGCAACCAGCGAGACUUCAAGUGCGACGUGUGCGGCCGCUCCUUCCUGAAGGCCGUCGACUUGACCUACCACCGCAGGUCCCACACGGGCGAGCGGCCCCACCAGUGCAUGCUGUGCCAGGAGUCCUUCAUCCGGCCCCUGGGGCUCCGGAAGCACAUGCUCAAGCACACGACAGCCAGGAAGGGCAAGCGCCUCAAAUACUCCAAGAAGAAGAUCGACGAGUUGACCUCCUCAGUGAUCUGCCACGACGCGUCGGGCCAGGAUGCGGAGGCCCACACGCCCGCGGGCGUCGGGGGGCUCGGCGCGGGGGAAGUCGCCCCUGGGAGCGAGCAGCCGCCGCAACACGCGCCUCCCUCCGACCUGCCGCAGCCUCUGCAGGUGUUCCCGUCGCCCAGCAGUCUUGCAGCCACCUCCCUCGCCCAGCCGCAGCCUCGCCUGCAGACCACAUUACAGCAGCUGACGCCGUCCACGCUGCAGGUGCAACAGCUGGCGGUGACGGACCUAGACGGCAGCCAACUGGAGGGCCAGCUGGAGGGCCAGCUCGAGCUCUCGCAGGUGGUCGAAGACUUGAGCAGCGGUGAACUGCUGGGGAUGGGCCCCGACCUGCUGCUGGAGGCCACAGACGUCCGCGGCGAUGACGACGUCGAGGGGGCGAUGGGAGAGGGCGGGCACGGCAAAAGGGGGGGCGGAGAACCGGCUGCGCAGCCCGUGCAGGUCAUUUAUGUGCAAUUUGUUGAGGACGCGACCGGAUGGAGGCCGGAACAACAGCUGCAACCGCUCGCCCAGCGAGAGGCGGAGGCGGCGCUCGCGCCCCCAAAUCUGGAGACGAGUCCCCUCGAUCGCGCGGACGCAGGGGCGGGCGGGCACUCGAACCCCGUCCGCCGCUCCGGGAGGCAGCGACAACCUUCAGCCCGGCUCCCCCGCCCAAAUGCCACGCCCGCGCCCACCCUCGUCAGGGCAGCGCCGCCCUCUCCUGCCAGCAGCAUCCCGCCCGAAGAGCUGGCGGCGAAGCUCAAUUUCGAGGAACUUGUGUGCGGUUGCGGCGAGAGCCUGGCGUCGCGGACGGAGUAUGUGGAGCACGUCCUGACGCACGUGGCGGGGGCCUUCCGCUGCCCUCAGUGCCCGUGCGCGUACUCGUGCUCUACACGCCUGGCGCGCCACCAGCGCCUCCUGCAUUCCCGAGGGGAAACGCCCAACGACGCCCUCCCGCACGGCUCUCCGGUCGCUGCUCCGGGCGACGGCGUCGACGAGCCGUGCCACCUGUGCGCGGACGCGGUGAGCGGCGGCGACGGUGACCUGCGCAACCACAUGCGGGUGCACCUGUGUGGCGAGCACGAGUGCCCCGUGUGCGCGCUCCGGCUCGACUCGUCUUACGCCAUGGAGAUGCACGUGCAGCGGAAGCACCCGAGCGUCCUGCACGCCUUCCUCAAGAGCGAGGACUCUCUGAAGGACGAGAGUUCGAAGGGCGAGGACUCGGGCGGCCUUCCCGUGCGGUGCGACGUGUGCGGCAAGGUCGUGGCCACGCCCUCGCGCCUCGCCCGACACAGGUACCUGCAGCACCCGGAGCACUACCCGUGGCCGUGCGCCGCGUGCACGCUGGCCUUCCCGUCACUGCACGCCCGCGACCACCACAUGUGCCCGCACCGGCGGAAGGGCGGCAAGGCGGCGCCCGGUGACGGCAAGAAGAACGAGUGCCUGGUGUGCAACACAGCGUUCAAGUCGCGGUUCAGCCUGGAGUGCCACAUGCGGCGCGCGCACCCGACCGAGGCGGCGGGCCCGCACGCGUGCCCCGUGUGCGGCCGCAGUCUCAGCUCCCGCAAGGCGCUGACGGACCACCUGCGCUGCCACCGCCGCGAGGGCUUCGCCUGCGAGUUCUGCGGCGCCAGGCUCAAGACCCUGGACUCCCUGAACGUGCACAUCAACGAGAUUCACACGCACGUGGUCCGCCUGCAGUGCCGCCUGUGCUCGCAGGUGUUCUUCUCGUCGGGGCGCCUGUCGUACCACAUGAAACGCCACCACACGGACCGCCGCUCCUACACCAACCUGUGCCACCUGUGCGGCAAGGCGUACCCAUACCCGAGCGAGCUGCGGCUGCACCUGCGCGCGCACCGCAACGAGCGCCCCUACAGGUGCGACCAGUGCCAGAAGACGUUCCUCAAGCAGGGCGACCUCACCUACCACAGGCGCUCGCACACGGGCGAGCGCCCCCACAAGUGCCCGCACUGCGACGCGCGCUUCCCCAGGCCCAACACCCUCAUGAGCCACAUCCGCCAGCAGCACCGCGACACCGCCGCUGGCGCCGCGCCGACGGCCACCGCCACCACUGCUGUCAACACCACCGCCACGGACGCCGCUCCCUCCGCCAUCGCGACGGAGGCCGCCGUCACCACCGCCGCCGUGGGGCCCUACGUGAGCAGCCCGCCCUCCACCGUGGCGCCGCCGCCGGUCUCGGCCUACCUGCCGGCGGGAGUGGCGUCGUCGGCGCCGACCGCCGUCUCCCUGCAGCACCCCCGCGCCCCCGCCGCGGUGACGGUGAUGGGAGUCGCGGGCGGCGUGGGGCGCGAGGGCGGCGAGGCGACGCUGGUGCCCGUGGUGGAGGGGCAGCUGGUGGAGGCCGUGGUGGAAGGCCAAAUGACGGAGAUGCAGCCCGUGCAGUACGUGCAGGUGGAUGGGCUGUCGGCGGGACAAACCGUGCAGGCCGUGCAGGCCGUACCACACAUGGUGGAGGGCAUGGAGUACGACGAGGCGGGCACCGUGCCCUACCAGAUCGUGCAUCUGCAGAUCCUGCAAUAG